AUGGAUCUUCUACUACUUGGCCAACGAUCGCGCAAGAAGCAUCUAAGUGUAAGGAAAAAUAUCAAGAGAGAUGAAUAUGGUUUGGAGGAUGUGGACGAUUUUUUUAUGGAGACGACUCAGGAUCGGAUCAUAUUGCAAGAAGAGGGAGGUUUGAGAAAAGAUAACGGCGAAUCCACAAUGGGUAACCCUGAUUUUGCGGAGCUGACGGAUAUUCACGAUUUUGAAACCUAUCAGGAUUUUGGGAAUGAACCGAACGACUUUAUGAAUAUACGGUAUCCCGCGUCUCCCAUACCGUUGCCAGCAAAUAGAGAUAGGGAAAGAGGCCGUCUAAGCAUAUCGCCGCAGUAUAUCGAUAAUGAUAAUAAUAAUAAUAAUAAUAAUAAUAAUGAUGAUGAUGAUGAUGAUGAUGAUGAUAAUCUUGGUGUUCGUGGUCAUAGGUUGAGGAAUAGAGCGUCUUUCAAUUAUGUGGCGAGGAAGAUUGAUUUUGAUAAUGAAGGCAAUAGAGCACGCGAUAAUAUAGAUCCUCAACUUGCUGCAAUGAGCAGUGUCAAGUCAUCAACACUCACUAAUAAUAAACCAUCCCCUUUGAAAUCACCAUUGCCUGAACAGCAGAAACACUAUAAUUUUGAUCAUCAAUUGCUGCAAGAUGAUCAUGAUUUUGGAGGUGGUGGAGGAGACGAGGAUUUUGGUCACUUUGAAAAUGAUGCAUUUGACGAUGGCAGUUACACGCGGGAUGAGUACAUCGGUUCCCAAGAGCAUGGUCCUGCUCUAUUGGAACCAUCUUUACAAGAACUGGAGUCGCCAGAACCAUCGCUUCCCUUUGAAGCAAAGAGAAUCGCAAGUCCAGAAACAAAGAAAAGUAAACGAAGGCGAGCGUCAAGCGAAGAAUUAGAUGAUACAGAAGGAUCCGUUUCUAUGUUUUUUGAUGGCGCCGCUGCCGAUGACGAUAAUGAGGAGGAGGAGGAAGAAGAAGAAGAAGAAGAGGGAGACACAUUUAGAAACGAACUAUCUAGUGACGUAUCUGACACCCGAGAUAUCACUUUCGAAUCACCAGAAUCAGAACCACAUAGAGGAAGAAAAGGCAAAAGGGCCAGAAAUGAUUAUUCAAUACCUUCAUCAUCUUAUACUUCAGAAUACACCGAGUCGCAGCAAUUACCAUCACCUCCGCCUUCUGGAUUAAGGAGAUCAAAACGAAUCAAGAUCAAACCAUUAGCAUACUGGAGAAAUGAAAGGAUUGUUUAUUCCAAAGCAAGUCAACUUGGAGAUGAAGAAGACGAUCCUGAUACUACUUUAGUUCGAGAUAUUUACAAAUUGCCAUUAAGACAGAUAAAAGAAGUAGUUCAUGUUCCUGAUAAUGAGAAUUGGAAUACUACUAGGGGUAAAAGGGGUAGGAGAAAAAAUGCUCGGAAGAAACAGCCACCAAUUACAGUACCGUUAUCACCUAAAUCAUCAGAAGAUGAGCUGGAGAAUGUAGAGCCAGGAACAAUACCGGGGAGCGAGUGGAUUAAAGAUCUGGUAUUGAAGCUAAACGUUAUUGAAAAUGGCCAAUAUGUGGAACAACCAGUAGCAUAUAAUCAAAAUGGCGGAGAAUACAUAGAUAUAACAAAUGGAAUCGUGGACUCGAUUGAUUAUAAAGUUUCAGUAUUAUUCAAUGAAAAUCAAGACUUGUGUUCAAUUGCCAUGUUGGAACUCCCUGAGGCAGGGGAGAAACAGCCAGUAUCGAUGUUGACCUGUAAUUAUAUUUUCAAUAUCGUAUCGGGCAUCGUUGAAGUUACCUUGAAUGAUCAGGUGUUUGUUGCUACUAGAGGCUGUAUAUUUAGGGUUCCUUCAGGUAACGAGUAUGGGUUCAGGAAUUUGGGCAAAGGAGACGCUAAGUUAUUUUUCGUACAGAUUAGAAUUGCCGAAAUUCACGAACUCGAAGAAGAUUUUGGGGGGCAAGAGAAAGAAAUCGAGAAGGUACUGGAGGAUAUUAUUGAUAGUGCGACUCCAUCACAGACACUAGUACAUAAUGAUGAUGCUAUUGAGGAUGAUGAUGAUGAAGAAGAAGAAGAAGAAGAAGGUAAUAGCAAUACAUCUGGUGGACCUCCUCAAACGAAUGCACUAGAAGAUGCCAUUGAAGAUGAGGACGUCCCCAAAGAGAACUAA